AUGAUUUCUGAAGUUAAUCUUCUUUAUGGUGGACCAGGUGGAUAUCCAACCACUGGUGGUGGUUCUUCUUUUCAGGAUGACAGCUGCAUGUUGAUCUGGGAAGCUACCCAAAUGAUUCAAAAGAGUUUGCGCGGACAAAGCAUGGAUGUUAGUCGUCUUCUCGAGCUCACGAACAGCCUUGGUCAUAUCCUUGAGAGGACACGGCAGCUGUACAACAAUACGAUCAAAGAGUGUGACGCAACGUAUCAUCGUGUACAGGGUGUUGACGAGCGCCUACUCCAAGUGGAAAAUUUGGUCCGACGUUAUGCUGACACUCGGGAUCCUGUUGUGGCAAGCGAUGGGUACACUUACGAACGCGAGUCUCUUGAUCGAUACUUCAAGGAAUGUAGCGGUUCCAACAGUAAGGCAUACUCUAUGCAAACAAAGGAAGAGCUAACCGAUGUGGUGAUGCCCAACAUGUCUCUUAUACGUCUUGUGACGCAUCUCAAGUCUGUAAGACUGGCGGAUAUUCCACAGUUGGUCCGUCGCACCCCAAUAAAGUAUUUUGCUAAUUCACAGCCACGAUCGGGUUGGGCAGAGGAGGAAAACACGCUGCUACGUUCGGUAGAUCCAAGUGGUGGCAGUACAACGGCGGGCCAGCAGCGCGUGGAUCCCAACCCAGCCCACGUCCCAGUAGCGGCUGCAGCUACAGCAGGAAGUCAACACUUGACAACCGGGCAUCGCUUUGAUCACGACACCAAUAAGGCCAACCGUGGCGGCAGCAAACAACAACUUCACCCUUGCUUGCGCGUAUACGGAUUCUGUAACUUUAUGUCAGAUUGCACCUUCGCAAACUAUCCUUAUGAUGCCUGUUUGAAUCACAUCAAGGGGAAGUGUCGCUUUAGCCAAAAUUGUAAGGAGCUACACGUCGACCCCCGAAACCCGCACUUUCAGAAUCCCCGUAGCUUCGUUGCUCAUCACGGACACGGAAACAGCAGCAGUUUAACUAACGCCAAUGUCAAUAAUAAUAACGCCACUUCGACUGCUGGGGAUGUGGGAAUAUUUUCAGAGAUCUUGGGGGAACGAAUGGUGAGUAGUAAUGGUUCUAAGAGCACUUCUAAUUCGAUAGUGCAGUGUUCUCCUGGUUGUUUAUCUCAGGGAAGUCAUCAGUACAACAAAUCAGCGAAUGAAGGAAAGAAAAACGGAAGCGUUCCCAGAAUGGACGUUGGAAGGAUUACUGAGGUUUCAGAUGUUACGGCAGGGGAUGAUUCUACUGUUCUUGGAAAUGAUGAGACACUUCGAGAAGGAGGGAACUUUGUACCCAAAACGUGA